AUGUGUAUAGAUAAAGAAGCAUACAUACUUAUAGAUAUUUAUGAUAGGAAUAUCAAACAUAUUAAGUAGUUUGGGACAACAUAAUUUGGUUUAAUAUCUCAAUAAUUGAAAAAUAUCAUUUCUCACUUUAAAAUCUUAGGUUUGGUCGGAAUAAAAAUGAUACUUAUCUAUUAAAUAGAUUGUAUAGCACUAAACAAUAAGAGUUAUACUUUUUAUGUGGUUGUUAUCAUUCCAUAUGUAAAUUAUAUUAAACUUAAUUGAGAUGAGAUUCAGUAUUCCGCAUGUUAUAAUAAUUGAAUACGAACCUUAAAAUUCGAGAAAGAAGGGUACUAUGCACUAUUGA